AUGUCUCCCAGAAUCACUAGGUCCUCGGCCCGCCAAGCUGCGAGCCAGGCAGCUCAUCAAGCCAGUUCUCUAGCUUCCCCGUCUGCUGCCGGGACAAAUUCUACUUCUACCGCACCGGUUCCAACUGCGCAAGGUGACCGAAAGCGAAAAGUAUCCUCUUCUACUAGUCAAGACAAACCCUCUACACCUGUUGCGGCACCGCAUCCUAACUCGGGUCGACGGUCCAAGAGACAAAAGAUUUCCGAACCCCCUUCCAAGGGAACAUCACAGGACACCUUGAAUCUUACUCUUCAAGGAACUCGGAGGAAGGGCAAGGCUACUGCCGCCAUGGAUGGCAACGAUGGCCAAGCCUCCCCGGCGGAACCCCCCGAGGUCAGUGGCCGACAAGUGGCUUCCAGCAGAAAAUCAAGUCGCAGCAAAAAGUCGGAUUCCACUACUCCCACUUCUGCUAGACGAAGAUCCAGACGGAACGAUAGCAACAACGCCGAUCAAGACACCGCAAUGACCGGCACAGACGACAAUGAUGAACCUGGACCACCUCCGUCACCGCCCAUCGAGAAUCCUGUCGAUGAUAGUAGUGAAGAUAAUGAUGAGGAUGGGCAUGAAAAUGACCAACCUAGAUCCGACAAUCAUGAUGAUGACCAUGAAGAUGAAGAUGAAGAUGAGGACGAGGACGAGGACGAUGAAGAUGACGACGAUGACCCGUUUGGUGGUUUUGGCGGCUCAGGGGGAGCAGUGGCUGGCCUCUCUAGCACACUCCGGGCUUUGACAGGCAUGAUGUCUGGCCUGACAGGUCGGCUACGCGAGCUUCUAAAUAAUCUGAGAGACGAUGAUUUUUCGGUUCAAGUCAUUGCUCUACAGGAACUGUCCGAGAUUCUCCUCGUAUCUAAUGAGGAUAAUCUUUCUGGGCACUUCUCACCAGAUUCGUUCGUCAAAGAGCUAGUUCUCUUAAUGAACAAGGAAGAGAGCCCAGAAGUUAUGCUGCUGGCAUGUCGAUGUCUGGCUAACCUUAUGGAAGCAUUGCCCGCCAGCGUUGCCAAUGUGGUCUACGGAGGGGCCGUUCCGGUCUUGUGUCAAAAGCUCCUGGAAAUCUCCUUCAUCGAUCUAGCCGAACAGGCACUGAGCACUCUGGAGAAAAUUUCAUUGGAGUAUCCGGCGAAUAUCGUUAGAGAAGGUGGAUUGACUGCCUGCUUGUCGUACCUUGAUUUCUUUGCAACAAGCACGCAGAGAACUGCAGUUACCACAGCCGCGAACUGUUGUCGCAACAUCCCUGACGAUUCCUUUCCUGUCGUCAAAGACGUUAUGCCCAUCCUCCUCAAUGUCCUCAAUAGCAGCGACCAACGGGUUGUGGAGCAGGCCUCCCUCUGCGUGUCAGGCAUUGUUGAGAGCUUCAAGUACCAGCCAGCCAAGCUUGAAGAGCUUGUCAGUGUCGAUCUUCUUCGCGCCGUUUUGCGUCUCCUGGUCCCUGGUACUACGAAUUUGAUUGGGUCUAGUAUUCAUACACAGUUUCUUCGAGUCCUGGCUUUUACGGCACGGGCUAGUCCACGAUUGUCGGCCGAACUUUUCAAAUUAAACGUCGUGGAAACUCUCUACCAAAUCUUGACGGGGGUUUCUCCCCCAAGCGGAACGGAGAACGUUGCCUCCAAACUGGACAGCGUUGUCGUAAUGCAGGCCCUCAUCCACCGCCCGAGGGAGCAAAUCGUGGAGACACUCAACGUUAUUUGCGAACUACUGCCAAAUUUGCCCCGAAAUGCCGACCCUGCAUUUGGAGACUUUGUUGAGCUUCAUGCAUCCACUGAACCAAUCACUCCUUCCUCCGUUGGUGGUAGAAGCCGAAGGAGCCCAAAUGACAAGCGGCUUGAUCUCCUGGAACAAUGCAAGCCUGAAGUUCGUCGGUUUGCUUUGAUUAUAUUUCCUACUCUUACAGAUGCCUUUUCAAGCACAGUCAAUCUCAGUGUUCGACAAAAGGUGCUUACGGCUCAACUCAAAAUGCUGUCCAAUUUGGAUGAAGAAAUUCUCGUAGAAGCCUUGGUUCCUGUGCCCUACGCAUCAUUUUUAGCAUCAAUUUUAUCACAACAAGACCACCCGUCUCUUGUCAUGUUAGGUUUGCAAGCCACGGAACUUCUUGUAAGCAGACUCGAGUCCAUUUAUCGAUAUCAAUUGUAUCGAGAAGGUGUCAUCCACGAGAUCAACAAGCUGGCAUCUCAAGAGGACCCGUUGGACUUGAAGAAGGAAGAAUCCGACGACGAUGAGGAACAGGAAGAUGAAGACGAGGACGAAAACGACGAGGGCGAUGGCGAAGAAAAGCCACAGGACACCACGAAAGAUGAGUCGGGCAAUCACUUGCAGUCUUCAUCCAAUGUUGUAGGGGUAGAAGAGCGUGAGAAUAACGGUGACGAGGCUGGAGCGGACGACGACAAUAACUCUUCUGGGGACGAUGAUGAAGAUGAACGUGACGACGAAGAUGCGGACGAUGAUGAAGAAAACGACGGCGAUCACGUCCCUGGCGAUAUGUCUCCUGCUAGUUCCCGUGGGUCUACCAUGUCAGUGGACAUGCCACCCCAUCGUUAUAUCUCGGAUAUGAAGUCAAUGACGUCUCGGAUUCGGAAUGUUGCCAAAAAAUUCCUCGAAACCCAUGAAGGAGGGGAACAUGCACAAAUCAUGAAAAACAAAGCUACACUUAUCCUACAUGACUUGUCUGACUUGGCCACGGAGCUGGAAACAUACUAUCUGAAACGGCCUUCUGCUACGCUUGGUGGAGCGCAAAAGGACAAAGAGCUGUUUUCACAGCUUGCGUCAUAUUUCGAUACUGACGUCCUGGAAAGUGUUACUAGUGCUGAAUUGUUGGCCUCUGGACUCGUACAGACCUUACUUGAUAUCUUUAGCAACCCUGAUGAAGAACUUGCCCGGUCAGCCCAAUCCACCUUCCUCGAGAUCUUCAUGGGCUACUCUCUCAAAUCAAAGCCAAAGACGGCGACGGCAGAUUCGCCCGCUACCCCAUUCAGCGUUCUGGUACACAAAAUGCAAGAUUUGCUCAGUAGGUCAGAGCAUUUUGAAGUGCUUACCGUUCAUCACAACACCUUUGAUGGCAACCGAAGCAGCCCUGCGUCGAUGCUUGGUAAACAAAUCCGACUUCGCCUUGUGGCAGACGACGAGUCCAACAUUCCCCGACCGUACAGGAAUAUCAUGGUAUCGAUUCAUGCAAUUGCCACCUUCAAGUCGUUGGACGAUUAUCUUCGACCUCGGAUAAGUUUAGCAGAACGGCCACCAAUUGGCCGUAGAGAUGGACUCUCUAGAGCCCUCGCUGCUGUAGCCGGCAUGGGAGGCCUGCAAUUUAGCACCACAGCUGGUGCAGCUGGUGCCAGACUCACUGAAAGAUCAUCGUUUGGCUCUGUGCCUCCUCCGCCUCCUCCGCCCCCUGCAGCUACUACAACCCCGUCGAGCUCCCGGUAUUCCCGAAGGUCUAAGAAUCGGUCAAUGCCUCAGCCUAACACCCCAGCGACCUCGCAAGAUCCCUCUGUUGGCCCAUCCCAUGACAAGGGUAUUCUACGCCGUUCCUCAAGACGUCAAGUAGUAUCAACGGAGGAGACACCGUUAUCGCGACCACCACCAACCGAUGGGGACGACACGCAGAACACUCUUGAGUGUGCUGAUGAGAAGCAAAUGUCUGAUGAAGAUGACCUGGAAGAUGGAAGUGCCCUAGAUGCAAUCGUAGGGGAGCUUGAUGAGGAUAUGGAUGAUGCAGACCACACCGGAUCUCGGCCGGAUCCCUCUGCCGUGAAUCUCGAGGUGGCCACUGGCGGGAAAAUAACUGCAAGAAAGGACGAUGGAACUAGAGUUCCUACUCCCUCAAGCUCAGCUCUCUUCACUAGCCGCAGUGGUAGCAGCGGUGCUACUGUUCCUGGAGGGCCGCCUCCGCCGCCCCCAUCCUCGGGGCAGGGAACUCCGACUCCUGCGACAUCGCGACCGCCUCUGUCGUACUCUUUGGCUCUCCAAGCCGUUCCCCAAGACUGGCAUAUCGAAUUCAGCCUUGACAGUAAAGUAAUCCCGAACGAGACCACCAUUUAUCGAGCUGUUCAUACAUCCACUUCUACUUCUGAAGAACUUGUGAGCCGCAGCAUUUGGUCUGCUACACACCCCAUCAAAUUCCGCCGUGUCCCUGGACCGCCAACUACCGAACCUGCUACAUUUGGUAGCAACCCAGACAGUGAAGGCGAAACUGUGAAUGGCAUCCCCGCAUCUCUGGCGAAGAACCCAACUACGGCUUCCAUCCUGCGCUUGCUCAAUAUUUUGCACGAAUUGAACGCAAACAUUGAGGAUGUCUUGGCCGAGAAUAGGAACAGUUCUAUAAGUCUUAAUGUGGAACCUUUAUCCCAGUUUGUCAACACCAAAUUGACGGCAAAACUGAACAGGCAGUUGGAGGAGCCCCUAAUUGUAGCCAGCAGCUGCCUCCCUGGCUGGUCUGAGGACUUGGCUCGCUUGUACCCCUUCUUGUUCCCUUUUGAGACGAGACAUCUCUUCCUCCAGUCCACGUCCUUCGGAUACGCCCGAUCGAUGGCGAGGUGGCAGAAUGCGCAGUCUGAAGAUAGCCGUAGAGACCGCAACAAUGAUCGGCCAUUUCUUGGUCGAUUGCAACGGCAGAAAGUCCGAAUCUCGCGACUCAAAAUUCUCGAAUCGGCUCUCAAGGUCAUGGACCUGUAUGGUGCCUCCCAGAGUAUCCUAGAGGUGGAGUAUUUCGAGGAAGUCGGCACUGGCUUGGGACCAACCCUGGAGUUUUACUCAACGGUAUCAAAGGAAUUCUCCAAGAAGAAGCUUAAGCUCUGGCGUGAAAUGGACUCAGUUGGAUCUGAUGAGUUUGUGACAGGCCAGUCUGGGCUAUUUCCACGGCCUCUGAACCAGGAGGAGCUCUCAGCGCCUAAUGGGGAGCGGAUCCUCCAUUUGUUCAGAAUGCUUGGCAAGUUCGUCGCUCGAUCAAUGAUUGAUUCUCGCAUUAUUGAUAUUCACUUUAACCCGAUAUUCUUCCGCAUCGGCGAUGCGCCAAGUACAGGCAUUAAACCUUCUCUUGGCGCCGUCAAAAUAGUUGAUCCUGGUCUUGCUCGUUCUUUGAAGACAAUCAAGAAAUUUGCACUGGCCAAGAAGGAGAUUGACGAGGAUCCCAACCGUACGGCUGCACAGAAAGUAGCAGAUACAGAGUCCAUUGUGAUUGAUAACGUCCGCUUGGAUGAUCUGUGCCUGGAUUUCACCCUACCGGGUUAUCCUAACAUUGAUCUUGAGGAUCAUGGAUCUCACAAGCGUGUAACCAUCGAGAACGUGGACAUUUACCUUGAAAAGGUCAUUGAUAUGACUCUCGGAUCCGGUGUCCGUCAGCAAGUCGACGCGUUCCGAAGCGGCUUUUCACAAGUCUUCCCUUACUCUGCACUGAGUGCGUUCACUCCAGAUGAGCUUGUGAGCUUAUUCGGAAAAGUUGAGGAGGAUUGGUCUUUAGAGACUCUUACCGAUUCUAUCAAGGCUGAUCACGGCUUCAACAUGGAUAGCCGUAGCGUGAAGAACUUGCUACAAUCCAUGAGCGAGUUUGACGUGCAACAGCGACGUGACUUUUUGCAAUUUACUACGGGUAGCCCUAAGCUUCCAAUUGGAGGCUUCCGAAGCUUGACUCCAAUGUUUACCGUUGUAUGCAAACCAAGCGAGGACCCUUACACAUCUGAUGACUACCUACCCAGUGUUAUGACGUGCGUCAACUACUUGAAGUUACCCGAUUACACUACUAUCCAGACAAUGAAAAAACAACUAUACAAGGCGAUGAAGGAGGGCCAGGGUGCCUUUCACCUAUCAUAA